CUGAAGGUACUUCUUGGUAGCUUUAGACCUUUAGAUCUUCUUCGAUUCCGUUUCGGCGUAGAACGGAAAUCUCUCGUUCGACGCUAUGUCCGAAACGACUCAGGGAUCCGAACUUCAGAAUGGUUUCCAACCACUACCCGAACCGGAGUCGGAUUUGAAAGUGGAAUCUCUGCCUGAAUUACAAUCAGAAACGAAACCGGUUGAGGAAUUGAAAUCGGAACCGGGGGUAACUGAUGCCGAGCCGAAGCCGACGCCGGACACAGAGAGCUCGAUCCAAGCAACCACCGACCAAGUUGCUCGUCCGGGGCUGCGUAAAGAUGAAGAGAAUCGGACUUUCACUAUGAGAGAAUUGCUAAGUGAAUUGAAAAGCGACGAAGAUGAUACAAGCUCUCCUUACAGUCAAGAAAGCAGACAACGACAAUCCUACCAAAACAAUGCUGUAAUGGAGUUGAUCAAUAGUGUCACUGGUACUGAUGAGGAAGGCAGGUCUCGCCAACGGAUUCUUGUAUAUGCUGCUAAGAGGUAUGCUACUGCGCUAGAGAAACCCAGAAGAUUAUGA